GAGAGAGAGAGAGAGAGAGAGAUCAGGGGGAGUUGAGUCAGUCCCUGCAUGAGGAGAUCACCAGCACGACUCACUUCACUCUGGAUCAUUACUGGACUUUAUAGUUUUUGGUUUUGUGAACAAGGCUCUUUAGAUUUGAAGAUGGACCACACGUGUGAGACGAGGAGAGGCCGCAAACAGAUGCUCUAGAGAAACAGACCGCACUGUGUCGGAUGCCCCGAAACACUCUGACCCUUGACCCUGCGAUGCCCUCCGAGCCUCUUAAGGACACCAUGACGAUCCCCGGUAGCCCACAGCGAAUCCUGGCGGAGAAAACCAACAACAACGACGUUCCUCAACCACCGGUCACCGUUCCUCUGGUGAACGAGGUUCAGCUAACGGCGGCCACCGGCGGGGCCGAGCUGUCCUGUUACCGCUGCACCGUGCCGUUCGGCGUGGUGGUGCUGAUCGCCGGGAUCGUGGUGACCGCCGUGGCCUACAGCUUCAACUCUCACGGCUCCACCAUCUCGUACUUCGGACUGGUGCUGCUCUCGGCCGGCCUGGUGCUGCUCGCCCUGAGCGCCGUUUGCUGGAAGGUUCGGAUGGAGAGGAAGAAAGAGAGGAGGAGAGAGAGUCAAACGGCUCUCAUGGCGCACCAGAGGAGCAUCUUCGCCUGAAGUCGACCUUGAGACCCUUCAGUUGACAAUUCACGUGGCCGUAGUUUGCCUCGCUGUGAGGCGCCGGUAACUUUGGUGAAUGAGGCGAGCCUAAUUUGCAUGGAAACAAAAUGCAUUGCUUGCACUUAAACUGACGGUGACUUGUUAGUGACUACGGUUUUUGCUUUACGUAAGAUGCGCAUCUGUUCGGCGCAUUCACCCUGAAGCGUUGAAAACAGUCAAUCUCACGCACGGCUUUAGGAUGACGCACAGCUGCAUGCAUCCGGAUGUGAAGACGCAGCUGGGACGACGGCUACACUUUCGUUGACCUUCACCGCAAACUCCAGCACCAGGCAAACUUUAAAGAGACUCUUUCAAUCUGUCUAUCUCGCUUUCUUCUGUCCAUCACGCAGACCUCUCGGUCAGCUGGGACGUGAGCCAAGAGGAACGUAUCGAAAUGAAGACGAGUGACCCCGGAGAGAGGAAGUGCUGUAUUAAUCCCCGGCUGCUUCCUGUUCUGCAGGAUUCAUGGAAAGACACGGACGGAGACAUAAAGGAAAAGGGCGGAAAAGAGGAAAUGAAGGACAAAGAUUUUUCCUUAUUGAAAGCGUCUUUCUAACACUCGGCUACUUCACAUGUCAGUAAAUUAUAUAUGUGUAACUUUAUCGUGGAUGGACGGUACUUAUAUUACUUGUAUUAUGAUAUAUAGACACCCAAGGGCUGGAAAUCCAGACACAUUUAUUACUUUGUUCAAUUGUAUUUGAGGGCAGACACGCGACGUGAAUGAAGUGUGAAACGCACUCAUGUUCGAGUUAUGAAGAUUAUUAAUCACAUAUACAGUAUAACAGGACGGUUGUGCACUUUGAAUGAAAUGCAAACAGCGAAGGAAUGAAUUGUUGAUCUUUUCUCUGAGAUGGUCAAAUAAAUGUCUUAAUAACAAUGCUGUCAUACCGUUUCUACCAUUAUGUUUGUGAAAUCAUUCUAAGCUGCUGAACAAUGUUUUUUUUGGACUAUUUUUAAUAAACUCCUGUGUUAUGAU